AGCGCGGAGAAACUCGAAGAAGAGAGGGAGCAAGGGAGAAGGAGACCGCGUGUAUGUUCUCGGAUCUCGGCAAAAAGGGGGUGUUGCCUCUUCAGUAACGAAGUGAACACUGUCUGUGACGCUAGCAGUUUCUCUCUAUCUAUUUCUGGAUACACAUGAUAUCGCCUUUGACAUCUUAAGCGGCUGUAUCACUCACGGUGUAAAGUAAUCAUCGAUUAGAUUAAUUCGGCAGCCAUACAGAUCCGAGAAGUAUCAACAUGUCCUCCAGAUUAACAUGGAUGUUGGUCAUCUUCGGUCUGGUUGUCCUUUCGCAAUCAGGUUUAGCUUUACGAUGUUGGGAUUGCGCUUCCAAUAAUAAUAUACUGUGUGGUGAUCCACUGAACAUUACAGAACAUCAAGCGGCGUUUAAUACGAAACUUUGCGAAACUGGAUCUUACGAACCGGUAAAACAUGUAUGCAGGAAAAUUGUGAGAAGAGAAAAUAACGAACGAGUAGUAAUACGCCAGUGUUCUACAUUGAACGUCGAUGAAGGAGACAUCACCGAUGGUCCUUGCAGCACUACAAUGACUUCAGGUCGACACAUAAUCGAGUCCUGCCAUAUUUGUAGUACUGACCUCUGCAAUUCCGCGACGGGCGCGUCGAUUACGCAAUCGCUGUUCGUCGUUGCUCUAGCCAUUAUCGGCUAUCGUUCUCUCCAAUCGAAAUACGGUAUCCUUUAACAAAGCGUCAUUCAAGCCCGUAAAUAAAAAUCGUUACUUUUAGAGAGCAAUUAUCCGAGAGAGUGCCAUUUUAAACGACCCUAAAUUGAAACGCGAUUAAUGUUCCGCAAAUAAAUUUUAUUGACUAUUCGUCACCUUUAUGUCCUUAUCAUUUUCUUGUAUUAUAAGAACAAUUUGGCCAACCUAUCGAUUAAUUAGUUAAAAGAAUUGCUGUUCUGGAAGCGUAAGACAGUUUAAAAUCUUAUUAGCAUAAUGAAUAGUGUCAUGUUAAAAUGGUUCUACGUAAUCAGGAUCAGUUCGUUAAGAUUUUAUAGUUAGGCAUACCUCGUUAGUCGCAUACUAAUUGUAAGUAGAACGGUUGACAUAUAUUACAGUAGUUGCGUAACUGUGCUGAAAGCUUUACUUAAUUUCUAAUCGUCUAUUUAAUUACUAUACCUUCGUACGAAACUACUUUAAAUAAAAUUAGCUCUUCUGUACAAUUUGUGUAUAUAAAUUCAACACGUAUGGCGUGAUUGUACAAUAAAGGAUUAUUAAUUUGAAUUAUCCUCUGCCUGUCGUGAUCACACGCUCGCGUCACGAUUAGUAAGAAUUCUUUGAUCGAUUGAUUGAAAUAUUCUUCAUAUUACACGCAAAUCUGUAUAAAUAAACUGCUUUCUCUCGUUUUUAUCUAAUUUUGGGCUAAGAUUCGUUGCUAUGUGUCUUUUCAAUCUUGCGUUUACUUGCAAUUUCUUUCGUUAUGACGUUACUUUAAGGUUAAAAAAAAUUACUAACAAGUAAAAAAAAUUAGCUUAUCAGAUAUCCGUCCAAUGUAUAGGAUAAUCCAAAAUUUUUCUUUCAUUCUGCGCUUAGCGAAUGUCUGAUUAAAUUAACAUUUUGUUAUAUAUGUACCAUUAAAAUUCUAUUACUUAAUUAGAUUUGUAGACUAGAUUGCGCAUUGUGAAUAAAUUUGCUUUCGUUGUUGA